AUGAGGACCACCCUGCUGUUCAUAGUCAUCCUGGCCCUCAGCCUGGCUUGGAGCUUUGGGGCUACCUGUGAGGAGUCACAGGAGCAGGUGGUGCCCAGUGGGGGCCACAGCAAGAAGGACUCGAAUCUCUAUCAGCUGGCCCCAUCAUCAUUGCUCCGGAGACUCUACGACAGCCGCUCUGUCUCCCUGGAGGGCUUGCUGCAAGUGCUGAGCAAGGCUAGCCUUGACCCUAAGGAAUCGUCACUUCCCCAGAAACGUGACAUGCAUGACUUCUUUGUGGGACUCAUGGGCAAGAGGAACAUCCAGCCAGAUACUUCUACUGAUGUGAAUCAAGAGAAUGUUCCCAGCUUUGGCACCCUCAAGUAUUCCCCUGAUGCAGAAUGAGCACUCUACUUCUGGAUCCCUGGACUGCAUCAUGAAGACACUGUUUCCCUGUCCCCACCCCAGGUGCAUGCUCUCUGAUUUCCCACUCUUUCCCCCAUUCCUUAAACCCUGUUGUGCUGUGACUCCUUCCCCAUCUCUUCUACCCCACCCUUGCAUAGAAACUGUGUAAUGAAUAUCCCUAAUCCCAAAGGACAUCACCUAUAGAUUCCUGUAGAGUGUCUGUAGUAUCCUAAUUAAAAAAUAUAAUGUCU